AUGAUUGAAAACAACACAGCCUACCCUUCCACAUUCUGGUCACAUAAGUACGAACUUGUCCUCGACAGGUCAGUUCAAAUGUUCUGCAAGCCCCGCUUUUCCUCUGUCAACAUGGAAGCCACGUCCAAUAUAAGCGAGUCGGAAACUGCGCCAAGCCUCAAGAGAAUUGGAAUAGAAAAGCCGGAUAUUGCGAAUAUCACUGCCUGGGAUAUAGCCGAUCAAGUGGUGCAAGGGUCUGCGGAUGGGAAUGCAGCUAAUCGACCCAUUGCUGCACACUCUGCAUUUUCGGGCAAUGUCUGGGUGCCCUCGGAGGUUUCUGAUGGUUCUACGGGGCCGUCAGAAGUACCUAUUCAGUUCACAAUCCAGCUUGGCGCAUGGAUUGCGGGAAAAACCGGAUAUGUGGGGAAGCUAUUACAGGAUGGCAUGCUUGAGGAAGUGGUCUCGGCUUUUUAUCGCUCAAUGGCUGCUCAGGUCAUACAAGGCGGGCUCACGAAGCAAAAAGUCACACAGACCAAUGGUUCUAUUAUCGUCGAGGAUAAUCGUGUGUUGGUGAUGCAGUCACCACUGCGGGUACUUGAAAUUUGUUUGGGGAUAUCUGCUCUGAUAGCAGCUGCUAUGGUUCUGCUCAGGCCGAAUGAUGGAAAAUUUUCUCAAAACCCGAGCAACAUAUCAACUAUUGCCAACAUCAUGAGUAAUAGUCAGGUACUCCGACGGUCUCUCCGCGGGACCGGUGCCUCGGCCCUCGAUGUCUUCGUGGAGAGGAUCAAUGGAAAUAAGUACUUUUUGCAGAAUCAUCGACAAGGUGCCUCGAUUGAAGCUGAUACGGACAAAUCAUACUUUGAUUCUCGCAGUCGAUGUGUCAAUCAGUCUUCGGAUGAAAAUUGCACCCAUCAACCCAAUUUGUUUUGGAAGCCAUUUCCGAGCCUCUGGUCUCGAAUACCUAUCUUCUGCGUGAUAACAGGGGUUAUUAUAGCCCUAGAGACUCUUUUACAUGUUUCUCAAAAGAACAAUGGAUUGGGCCAGGCUUCCAAUGAUGAUAAGAUGCAUUAUCUUUGGACAACUGUCCCUUCCUUGGUGAUGAUGUUGAUAGGUCUCUUAAUCGGAAGUCUGGACUCUAAUAUAAGGAUUCUUGCACCAUAUGCCAAUUUACAGAAAGCUCAAGGUAUCAAUUUUGAGACUCUGGCGACAAACUUUCUUGACGCCUUGCGUAUAACGAAUCUCGCUCAGUCGGCUCGAACGGGAGAUUUCGCAGUUUUGUCAGGAACAUUGGCAGCCUUGAUUGCUUCAUUUCUUACGAUCGUGACCAGUGGUCUUUUCUCGACGGUCGAAGUACCGCAGAUCAUCAAUUUGAACUUUACGCAAGAUACCCUCUUCAAACCGUUUAGUGUUUCUGAUCUCCUGGCAGAUUCACCUACCUUCAUUACUGCGGACUAUAUUCUCAAUGAAAAUCUCAGCUAUCCCAGAUGGACCCACGAAGAACUGGUCUUUCCCGAGUUUUCCCUUCCUGAAUAUUCAGAUUGGAGCACGGAUGAAGAUUUGUAUGCGGAUGUCCGCAUCCCGGCCAUCAGGGGCUCUUCGGAUUGUACUUUUGCAACCGGAAAAGCGCUGAACUUCUCCACGAAAAGCUUGAAAGGAGAGUUCCCGAUAUUUUCUACAUAUGGCUCUCAGGGCUUAAGCGACGGCUCCGGUGGGCCAUGGCAGAGCUUGUUUAGAGUCAACUUUUAUCCACCUCUACAAAACUGCACUGUUCCCGGCGCGAAUGGAACAUUUCUCUCUGAAUAUUAUCCUUAUGAAGAACAGCUUGGCUUCCCUGAUGACGGUUAUUUUGGACAGACGUUUCCAAUAUUUUGUUUUGGAACCGGCGAGGCUGCCCAAUCGCGCUUAACGAUGUACGUGUGGGGGUAUUUUGAAAAUUUGACUGUGCGACAUAUCAGUUCAAUGACUUGUUCUGGUAAGAUCGAAUCUGUCGAUGCCGUUACUCGAUUCCAGAUCCCCAGCUUCGAUAUACCCUCCGAUCACCCUCCGACCCCGGAUGAGUCUUCUGUCAAACCCCUUCCCCUAUUCAACGGAGUUUUCGAUAUUUACAAGUUGGACGCACUGAGUAAUUACAGUCCUACUGAUUGGGGUAUGGUCACAAAAGAAGAUAUUAGAAUCGAUACUUUCUUCAACUCAUUGCUGAAUGGACGCUACAAAAUCCCGAGGGAGCUUCUCCGCAGCUCUCAACAUGAUGCGAAGGUUCAAGAGGCAAUCAAGCGUCAAGACAGCAUCGUGAGGGCACAGCUGCUCAGAAAGUACACUCGUCUGGCUGCAAAUGGGACAUUGGACGACAAACCCAUUUCUGGCAACUUGACCGUGCCGAAAAAUCUCCGCGUUCUGCAAGAUAAAGCCUCAACCCGAGUACUUGAAGCCAUGCUAGGACUGGUGCUCAUCUUUGGCAUUCUAGGAUCGGUGCUCAUGAAUACAGACCAUGUCUUGCCGAAGAAUCCAAUGUGUAUUGCGGCAGUUGGGAGUUUGUUGGCGGACUCAAACUUUUUGCAUCUUUGUCGCUUUACGGAGCAAAAUCCAAACCAUGGACUGCUUCGUGGCUGCCGAGUGCAUCUUGGUUGGUUGGGUGACGAAUCUUCGUCACAAAGCUCGUCGGACCUAGAUGACUCGAAGGAAGGUCGCUAUUUUACGAUAUACAUGAAGACAGAGAAGUCAGAGAAGACAGAGAAGGCUGGGGAGGAUUCUCGAAUUGGCGAAACGCGGAGCAAUUCCUUGCAGCGAGAUAGGGCGAGUUCAGGGGCAGGUGAAUGGAUCUAG